GCCACACGUCUCCCACCACCUCCGCGAUCCCCUCUCCUCUCACCUCGCCUCCCAUGGCGGCCGCGCUCCUCCGCCGCGCGCUCCACCUCCACCUCCACCUCCGCCGCGCGCUCCCCUCCCCUCCCCGCGCCGGCGCGCUCCUCCUCCCCGCCGCCGCUUCCUCCCCCGCCCACCGCUUCCUCUCCGGCUUCACCACCACCACCCAGCAGAACAGCGCCUCCACCACCACCAUCGACCUCUCCUCCGACGAGAGCCGCCGCCGCCUCAUCAACAGGCUGGUGUACAGGAGCAAGCAGCGGGGGUUCUUGGAGCUGGACCUGGUGCUCGGGACCUGGGUCGAGCAGCACAUCCACUCCAUGGACGAGGCCAACAUCCGCGCCCUGCUCCAAGUCCUCGACCUCGAAAACCCAGAUUUGUGGAAGUGGCUUACUAGUCAGGAACAACCACCCGAGGCAGUGAACUCUAAUCCUGUAUUUAUCGCUGUUAAAUCGAAGGUCACGGACAACCUGAGCAAGCACUCUUCUCCUGAGACCAGAUCAGCACCUGGUCAGCCAUGGGUGAGAGGGUGGGAUGACAAGCGAGGCAUUGAAGGACCAAAGUAUGGAAAUCAGUGAUGAGAUAUGCUUCAGAGAAUGGUAGCGGUUUUAUGCCUAAGUAUAAUCCUGUUUUGUUGCCCCUAUAGUUUGGUGCUUGUGUAGAAUAAAUUAAAUCAUGGUAUCCAAUGAUUUGGAAAUUUGGAGUGUCACCAUGAAUUUGGAUUGACAAAUAAUGCUCUGUACAAGUUUCAAACACUUUCUGGUUGAAGACAAAGCAGUGUGGUGGUAACAACUUAACAUGUAAAUCAAAAGCUCUUGUGUUUAGCA